AUGGGCAACCCCGGUAACCAGUCAUCUGAAGCUCCCGGCGGAUGGGUCUACUCCUUGCCCCAGACACAUAACUUACAAUUGGUGCAAUUCAGCAGACUACGUCAUCUGACUGACGAUGUCUUCACCAAUGGCGACUGCAGGCGCGAGGGAGGGGAGGGGAAUCCAAGAAAAAAAAUGCGGCGGAUGUACAAUGAUGUCAUUUUUCUAUUGAUUGCUCGGCCGCCUAUCACCCCGCCACCAUCCUUUCCCACGACACCACACGACAUCUUUCGAUGCCGUCAAGCAACCAACGCACGCUAUCCGUACUAA